CUCUAUAACCCGACUGCGACGGAAGUGACCGGCGUUCUGCUAGCCCAGCUAGCUUGGUGAGGCUAGCUGUCGUGAAGUCGAGGUGUUGUUGAUCCCACCAAUCGAUGUUUUUUGGUGGUCAUUGUUUCCUUUGCACAAGCUAUAGACCAAAGCAUCACCUGGUUUGGAGUAAAUUUUGUAUUUUGUAUCGCUCCACAGCUGUCGACAACAUUUUGGAAUCGUCUUGGUUCUGCGCGAGCUGCACUGAGUGUGUGUGUGUGGAGGCGUGGCCCAGGUGCUGCCCAACUCAGAACUGGGAGAAUAGGUGUAGCACGGCCGCGGUGUGGCUGUGCGGCUGAAGGAGGCAGGUCCGGGUGUGCCGGAGGGGGUAUGAGCGGGCAGGCAGGGCCGCGGGGCCGACGAGGUCUCCGGGCAGAGCGUGAGCAGGGCGUGGACACAGCAUGCUGGCUGUCCCCUGCUGUCCUGCGCCGCCUUGUCGAGCUGCCAGCCCCGGUGCUGUCACGGCACCAGCUCAAGCGCCUGGAGGAGCAUCGUUACAGCAGUGCUGGCAGGUCUCUCCUGGAGCCAAUCAUGCAGCGCUAUUGGGAGUGGCUGGUCUGCCGCAUGCCUGCUUGGAUUGCUCCUAACCUUAUCACCAUUGUCGGCCUCGUCACCAACAUCUUCACCACGCUAGUACUGGUCUACUACUGCCCCACUGCCACUGAACAGGCUCCUCUGUGGGCAUACCUGCUUUGUGCCGUGGGGCUGUUUGUUUAUCAGUCUCUGGAUGCUAUCGAUGGGAAGCAGGCCAGGCGCACUAACAGCAGCUCACCACUGGGGGAGCUCUUCGACCACGGCUGCGACUCACUGUCCACAGUAUUUGUGGUCCUUGGCACCAGUAUUGCAGUGCAGUUGGGAACAAACCCAGACUGGAUGUUCUUCUGCUGUUUUGCGGGCAUGUUUAUGUUCUACUGUGCCCACUGGCAGACCUAUGUCUCCGGCACCCUGCGUUUUGGCAUCAUUGAUGUGACUGAGGUGCAGAUCUUCAUCAUCAUCAUGUAUUUGCUGGCUGCCAUGGGAGGAUCCACUUUCUGGCAGGCUCUGAUCCCAGUAUUAAACAUUCAAAUGAAAAUAGUUCCAGCGAUCUGCACAUUUGUAGGGGCUGUACUGUCCUGCACAAAUUAUUUCAGAGUCAUAUUUACAGGAGGAGUGGGCAAAAAUGGAUCCACCAUAGCAGGAACGAGUGUGCUGUCCCCAGUUCUUCACAUAGGCUCCGUUAUAGUACUUGCUAUGAUGAUCUAUAAGAAAUCAGCUAUCCAGCUAUUUGAAAACCAUCCCUGUCUUUAUAUUCUGGCUUUUGGUUUCGUUUCUGCUAAAAUCACCAACAAAUUGGUGGUUGCACAUAUGACAAAAAGUGAAAUGCAUCUCCAUGACAUAGCCUUUCUUGGCCCUGGUCUUUUGUUUCUUGAUCAGUAUUUCAACAGUUUUAUUGAUGAGUACCUGGUUCUGUGGAUCGCACUGGUCCUGUCCUUGUUUGAUUUGGUGCGCUACUGCGUCAGUGUGUGUAACCAGAUCGCCUCACAUCUUCACAUCUUCGUCUUUAAAAUCAAGCCUCUGAGCACCGUAGCAGCUCAAUAACACCCACAAACUAUUGACUCCAGUGACUCUGCUAUAUGUGUGCGAGUCUCUAUAUGCGCGUAUGCGUAUGUCUGCUUGCCUGCCUGUGUCCGUCUUGCACACAGCACCCUUGGAGGAUUUCCUAUUAUGGUUAAAACCAUUCAUGUGUCCAAGGAUGAAUCAGAUCAAAUGAAUAGUGAUUUAUAAAAGAAAUGAUUAUAAGUUUGUAUGUUUAUCACAAUCUAUGGGCACGUUCAUCCUUACUGUUCCUUUACUGAGAGCAAAUGAAAGUGAGUGGCUGAUUUAUUUAUAUUACUCUGUACUUUGCUAUUGCAGUCUCUUAUUACUUUUAUGAAAGAGGUGGAUGAAUGGAAACCACUUGGUGUAAUAACAGGUGCUAAAACACUCCUACUCACCGUGUUUCUGUGAGAAGACUUUAGGUACUCCCUUUUUAAAUAAUAAGAAUGCUUAGAACAAUGGGAAUAUGUUUCAGUUCUCAAAUUACUCUGCAAUAUAUUUGUGUUCCCUGAUACAUUUGCUUUCACAGGCAUUCAUUUGGGUUUGUCAGUAUUGCAUGCGUUUUUUAUUAGAUCCUGUGUAUCACAAGGAUAUACAAAGUUUCUUAUUUAAUUUAAAAAAGAGAAUAAGUCCAAAAUAAUGACUUUGGUAUUGUCAUAGUUCACUGCUGUUACUGACAUAUUCACAAUUGUUUGUAAAUCCAUAAUUAAAUACAUGAAGACUGUAUUCCUUUGCUCUGUAGUAACUAGCAUCUCUUUUUUUGUAUUCAGGAGCAGUAUGGUAAUGCUAACACUGUCUAUAGAACAAUUUUCAAUAGAGUACAUUGAAGGAAACAUUUCAGGUUUCAUUUGAAAUGAGUUUUUACUGUUAUACCUGGUUAAGCAUGUUUUAUCAGUUCAACUUUAUCAGAAGCUGUUCCCUGUUUAAUUUUUUUUUUGAUUGAGGCGUGCACUUGCAUUCUGACAUUUAAAUUAGUGAAAAUGACAUCCACAUCAUUGAUGUCCACGUUUUGCAGUUCCCACCACCACCCCAGCACAUGCCACAUUUUAUAGCCUUGUGCUCAUUGUCCUGCCAUUACCUUACUGUACACAGGUGUAUGCAAAAAUUGUUUUCUCCAGUAUAGGUGUGUAACUGCUUAUGCAUUAACUACCAUUGUUAUUAUAACACAUUCUAUACUGUACAAAGCUGUUUAUUUAAUAAUGUUUCUCUGUUGCUUUGCUUUCUGUGCUAAACCACUGUGUUACAUUCUACCUAAACUGCUGAAUGGACAUUAAGCAAAAAAAUAAUAAUUAAAAUGUCAUGUAUGGACUCGUACUAUAAGCAUAAGCUGGUUUUACUCUUUUAGUAAAGAUGUGUUUUGCCUGCUUUAAUUUAGUUCUAACCUUGGAGUAAAAGAGUAAAUGCUUCAGCACAUCUAAAUGCAACACCACUAUUUGACCCAGCAUGUGUUGAAGUAAAGAUAUGUCACAGAUAUGCUGCUCAUUCCGGAAAUAAUAUACAUGGCAAAUUGCCCAGAUUAAACAGCACAUUUCUACAUGAUAAGCAGUGAAUGAAAAUUAUGUAACAAUAUACAAAGAAUUUAUUUUUGUGAUAUAUUUCAAAUGUUUAUUUGGGGAAAAAUGUCCCUUAAUUUUAAGUCACUCAAUUAGGAAAAUAAAACAUUCAUUUUUUAAAUUCAUUUUAAGAACGGUGGCAGUAUGUAAGUGUGUACCUGUUCUCUCAGCUUUUCUUUUGAAAAAGUUUUUACAAGACUUCAAUUGCCUUAAACAGAAUUGGUUGUCCUAUAUACUUUUAAUUCUUGCACAUUAACAAUGCAACAUUAUUACUUCAAGCAGGUAAUAUUACUACAUUGUUAUAGUAGCUUUGCUUUCUGUGUCAUGUUCAGGUACGUUAUGAUGCAUAGCUAAACUGGAUCUCACUUAGGAGCCACCUGUGACUUUCUGACAUCUAAGAGCAAAUAUAUUCAUAUAGCCCCAAGAUGUAGUGCCCACAAUUUAAAAGAGCCAGCCAGAACAGAAUUCUGGGUUUCUCUAUUAAUCACUGCCUCUCUAAACCUGGCCAUUGUUGGUUUGUAUUUCUGAUCUUUACAUUUGCACAAAUGUUGUUUACGCAAAUUAAAAUGAUGUAAAAAACCAGCAUUUAUGGAAUAAAACGAUCAUAUUUAACAUUUGGUA